UAAUGAAAACAUUAGUAACAAUAGCAAUUGUGUUCUGCUUGCUUACUCAUCCUGUAGUAUGUAAGAAACAUUACAAUGAUGAAGAACAUUCUGCUUUCGAGAAAAGUAUAAUUUUUUUGGUACAACUUAGGUCAUAAAAAACUGUCUCUUUAAGAUGAUCCUUCUUAUAGCAAAUUAGAGGAGAUCCAAGAUCAUCCUUUAGGAUCAAAGAUUUUAUAAACAAUAGCCUUACAAUUAAGAGGAAAUGAAUCUUUGAGUGCUGUGAGCAAAUUGUUGAAUGACUUAAAAGGGGAUUUAGAAGUAUAAUUUAUAAUCAAUAUUUUUAGGGUAAAUAAAUUGAUGCUGAUAAUGAGAGAGCAUAAAUUGGCUCAUAAUGCAAAAAAGAUCUAUAAAAUUAUAGUCAAAGAAUCAGUCUCUCUAUUAAUGAAAUUAAAGAUGCUGAAUUUAAGGCAAAAAGAUUGAAUGAGGCUAUUGCUGUUUAUUAAGCUGAAAUUAAUGAAAAAGCUAGAUAAAUAAAAGUAUUCUAAGCAAAAGAUGAUACAUUAAGAGAUAUUAGAAGAUAAGAUAAUUUAGAUUUUUCAACAAGAACUACUUAAAUGAAAGAGAUGGUUUAAGCUUUUGAAGUUAUUCUUCCUAAAUUACACUAAGUUUGGGAUGUAGCUGCCUAACACAAGGCUGGAUCUUUUAUUGAAGAAGAAGCAAUCAAUGAAGCUUUAGUUUAAUUAGCUAAAAUUGGGUAAGAAAUAUUUUUAAUCUAUUUUAGAGAAGAAAAUCCAAUUACUGCUAUGGUUGCAUUGACAUCAACUUUGGAACCAACAGCUGUUUAGACUUUGAUUGAAAAAAUGGAAUCUAUUAGAGAUUCAAUUAAGGAGAGCAUAAAGGCAGAAGAAGAAGCUGAAGCAAAGAAUGCCAGAGUAAAUUUUAUAUCAAUUAUUUAAGGAUACAGAUACAAUUUUAGCAGCCAUUUUCAAUGCUAUGGAAAGUUUGACUAGAGAGAAAUCAAGCGAUGAAGAAGCAUUAUAAGAAACUAUUAGAAAUAGAGACAUUUAAGAUAAGAGAUCAAGAGAUGCUCAUGCUGUAAAAUAAUAUAUAUAAUCAGGAAUUUAAUGCAGCCAAAAAUGGAAAUUAAUAGAGAAAUUAAUAAUGUUAAGAAUACGAAUUAUAAUAUUAAUAAAACACCAUCGAAAGAGAUAAAUAGAUUGCAAUUAUUAGAGAUGUUCAAAAUAUCAUUGCUACAAAGAUAGAAGUUGUUACUUGCUUUGUAGAAGAGAAUAAUCUAUUCUGA